AUGAUGAAGAAGUGGAUGGCUGUCUCGAGACCCCAUGACUUGAUCGAACUGCAAAUGAUGGGUGGUCAUCAUUGUUCAAGAUGGAAACGAAGCUUGACUUGCAACUGGCCAUCUCAUGACCCAGCAGUCUUACUGACUGCACCUGAAUCAAAGGAUGACGGAUUAGCUCUUCGCUCUGGCUUCUUGGCUGCUAUAAACACUCAAUCCAUAUUUGAUCUCCCCCAUCUUGCUUUCUUCCCCCGUUCUCCCUUCUUGUCAUGA